UGAUUCCGGCUACGGCUCCAUACGAAAUAUCCGAUCCGAACCGAUCCGUUCCGAUCUGUUCCCAAGUGAAAAUGAAUGCACAAUCUGUGGUGCGUCGCCAUCCGCACAGUUUUUCGAUCGAGCAGAUUCUAGCCAAGCCCGAGCCACACAGUCCCAGCAAUUAUGUGGACAAAGCGUCCAGCUUUGAGGUGAUCCACGAUAAUCAAGCCCAGUUGGCGCACAACGAAAGUGGGCGUGGCAGUUGUGAUGUGUCCCGCGUGUCCAGUCCGGCGACAUCCAGCUGCCUGGAGGACGGCCUGGACGAUGCCAAAAGUGAUAUAGAGCUUGCCUCGGAUGAUGGCAGUGCGCACGACGAUCGCAAGAAGCGUCCACGCACCGCCUUCUCCGCCGCUCAGAUCAAGGCGCUGGAAACGGAGUUCGAGCGUGGCAAAUAUCUAUCCGUGGCCAAGCGCACGGCGCUAGCCAAGCAGCUUCAGCUUACCGAGACACAGAUCAAGAUCUGGUUCCAGAACCGACGCACCAAGUGGAAACGCAAAUACACCUCGGACGUGGAGACGCUCGCCUCCCAUUACUACUCCCAGCUGGGCAUGGGUGGCAUGGCGCGUCCCAUGGUUGUGGGCGAUCGCCUCUGGCUGUUUAGCCAGACUCCGGCGGGUCCCACGCCCAUACAGUCCAUCAUGUUGAAUGGCAGCGGCGCCGCGACGCCCAUGCGUCCAUACGGUCCACCGGCUAGUGCGCCUGGCAUGCCGCCUCUGCACGGCUCCAGCGUUAUUGAGAGCGCCAGGAAUGCCAUACUGUCGCGUGGACAACCGCUUAACUUUGCGCUGCCUUUCGGAUUGGCCAAGCCACCGCCGCCGCCGCCGCCAACCGGAGGAACAGCGACUUCCCCAGCCAGUUAUGUGCCGCGCUGUAAGCCGUAUCCGAGCAGCUUUGCGGACUAUAUACCGCCACAUGCUCACAAUGAAUCUUAUCUUCAGCUGAAGUAUGCUACGCUGCCGCCUGAAGUGGAUGCGGAUGCGGGCACCAGCAAUGGUCUGGCCGAGCUGGAGCGUGUGUUCGGUGAUGCCAAUGCCAAUUUUCUGCUGAACAAAAACGUGCCAGUCGCCACCAGCACCAUCUCCUGUGGCUAUGGACACGAGGGACUGUCGCAGGCGCAACGCAGCCGACGCGCCACGCAAUCCGAGUCCGAGUGCAGUGACAUUGACUGCGAGCAGCUGGACGAGGAUGCGGACGCUGUGGAAUAGCCACAUCAA